AUGAUUCCCGGCUGUAGGGCCACCGCGGCAACCGGAAGCGACAAUAUGGAGAUGAUCGCUGAAACUUCGAAUCCGUCGUCACACCACUCAAACGACCGUCUUCCCCGAAGGCCCUCACGAGGAGACGACGUCGACAGUAGGACAGAGUCUGAUUACGUGCAGCUGAAGCAGUACAAGAUUAUGCAUGACAUCGGCAAAGUAAGAAGUGACGAUUUUCCUGCGCGAACCCGUAAGUUGUUCAGAGAGGACUGGUCAUCUGAUGAACGUAUAUUCUCAUAA